AUGAAGAAUAUAGAAGAAAUUGAGAAGGAAAUAAAAAAUGUUGACCGCGAGCUAAGUAAAGUCGAUGCUGAAAUAGCAAAAUUGAAAAAUCGUCAACGCGAGCUACAAGAGAAAAAAACUUCAUUGAAGAAAACUAUUAACCAAAUCAAAUCGGAAUCCUUAGCUAGUGUUGAUUGGGCUGGAACAAAUUAUGAAUGGUCCGCUGAUGUGAACAGAGUGCUCUUUAAUAUAUUUAAAAUUAAUUCAUUUAGACCAAAACAAUUGGACGCUAUUAAUUCAACAUUAUCAGGUCAACAUGCUUUAGUGGUUAUGCCGACGGGAGCAGGUAAAAGUUUAUGUUAUCAGUUACCAGCUCUUAUCAAACCAGGUAUUACAAUUGUUAUUUCGCCUCUUAUUUCGCUAAUGGAAGAUCAGGUGAGAUCUUUAACAAUCAAAAACAUUCCUGCAAAACUAAUGACAAGCACUAGUCCUAAAGAAGAAACUGCAGCUGUUUUGAAUAUACUCAAAGAUAAAAAUACACAUGUAAAAUUGGUGUACGUAACUCCAGAGCGAUUAGCAAAAAGCAAAAGGUUUAUGGCUAAUUUACAAAAAUGCUAUGCUGAUGGUAGGUUACAAAGAAUAGCUAUAGAUGAAGUGCACUGCUGCUCUCAAUGGGGUCAUGACUUUAGACCGGACUAUAAAUUUCUAGGGAUAUUAUCCAAUAUGUUUCCAAAUGUACCAAUACUGGGUUUGACGGCCACUGCAACAGCACAUGUUUUGAAUGAUGUACAGAAAAUAUUAAACAUACAAGGCUGUUUAGUUAUAAAAUCUACUUUCAACAGACCAAACUUAUUCUAUAAAAUAUUAGAAAAGCCUACUUCACAAGAAGGAUGUAUUUCUAUUCUUGAGAAACUCUUGAAGUAUAGAUAUAAAGGUGAAAGUGGUAUUAUAUAUACAAAUAGUAUUAAGGACUCUGAAGAUUUAGCCGAAGAGUUAAGGAAAAGGGGCUUAAAAGUGGGCUGUUAUCAUGCAAAUAUGGAUCCUGACUCACGAACAAAGGUUCAUAAUAAAUGGCAUGAGAAAUAUUAUCAAGCUAUUGUUGCAACAGUUGCUUUUGGUAUGGGAAUAGAUAAAUCUGAUGUUAGGUUUAUAAUACAUCAUACAAUAAGCAAAUCUAUGGAGAAUUAUUACCAAGAAAGUGGUAGAGCAGGAAGGGAUGGUCUAAGGGCGGAAUGUGUUACUUUAUAUAGAAUGCAAGACAUUUUUAAAGUUAGCACAAUGGUAUUUUCUUCAAUAGGUAGUCUCGAUCAUUUGUAUGGUAUGAUAAAAUACUGUCUUAAUGGAAGAUUGUGCAGAAGACAACUUAUAGCUGAGCACUUUGAUGAAGAUUGGGGUGAUACAGACUGUAAUAAAAUGUGUGAUGUUUGCUGUAACCCUAACAUUGCUUUAAGAGAAAUUAGCCUUGAAAAUCACUGUAAGGUGUUGUCAGUUAUAAUCGACAAUGCUGAAAAUUGUGAUACAAAGCUCACUGCUCAAAAGUUGCUUGAUGCAUGGUUUUUAAAAGGACCAGUUAAUUUAAGACAUAAAGGAAAAGAACCAAAUUUUUCUCGUAGUUUAGGUGAAGAUGUCAUAGCAUUUUUAUUAAUUCAAGGAUAUCUCGUGGAAGAUUUCCAUUUCACAGCAUACUCUACAAUUUCUUACAUAAAGAAAGGCCCUAAUAUGGAUGCAGUAAUGGAUGAUGAUUUCACACUGAAAAUGCCUGUUAGAAAAUAUUCAGAGUUUGAGCUGGAUAGACCUGCACCAAAAUGUUUUGAUUUAAAGGACCAUUUGAAUGGAGAUACAAUAUCCACAAAAGCAGAGAAAUCUAUGAAAAGAUCCAGUUCAUCCAGCGGUGAAUCAAAGAUAAAAAAAUCAAGACUAAGAAUUGACAGCGAUGAAGAUUAA